GUUUCGGGCCUUGCUGUGGCUGGCGUUGCGGUGGCUGGCGUUGCGGUGGCGGAGCGAUGGCGGCCGUGCUGCAGCAGCUCCUGGAGCGGGCCGAGCUCGCCAAGCUGCCCCGCGCCGUGCAGGGCAAGCUGGAGCGCUUCCUGGGCGACCAGCAGGGCGAGAUCGACGGGCUGCGGGCUCGCCAUGAGCGCUUCAAGGUGGAUAGCGAGCAACAGUACUUUGAAGUGGAAAAGCGACUGGCUCAGAGUCAGGAAACACUUGUAAACAAGACCCAGGAAUGUCAAACUCUGCGGGAGGAGCUUGAAAAGCUUCAUGAGCAGCUGAAGGUGCUCAACGAGAAGAACAAGGAGCUCGAGGCUGCCCAGGACCGGAACGCAGCCGUUCAGAGCCAGUUAAGUCGAGAGAAGGAAGAACUGGAAGCUGAGAAGAGAGACUUGUUCCGAACAACUGAAAGGCGAUCUCAGGAAGUUGAACAUUUAAAUGAGGACGUUAAACGCUUAAAUGAAAAGCUCACAGCGGCAAACACAGAAAAGGCAAAACUUCAGCUGAAGUUGGAUGAGCUUCAAACAUCAGACGUUUCCAUGAAGUACCGGGAGAAAAGGCUGGAGCAAGAAAAAGAGCUGCUGCAGAGCCAGAACACGUGGCUGAAUGCUGAGCUGAAAGCCAAAACAGAUGAACUGCUCCAUACUGCCAGGGAGAGAGGCAAUGAAAUCCUGGAGCUCAAAUGUAAUCUGGAGAACAAAAAGGAGGAGGUUUCCAGAAUGGAGGAACAGGUGAACAGCUUGAAACAGUCAAAUGAAAACCUCCAGAAGCAUGUGGAAGAACUCUUGAAUAAACUGAAGGAGGCAAAAGAGCAGCAGGCAAGCAUGGAGGAGAGAUUCCACAAUGAACUGAAUGCCCACAUGAAAUUAUCCAACUUGUAUAAGAGUGCUGCUGAUGACUCAGAGGCAAAGAGCAAGGAGCUGACAGGAGCAGUGGAAGAGCUGCACAAGCUCCUGAAGGAAGCAGGUGAAGCUAAUAAAGCAGCCCAGGAGCAUUUGGCUGAGGUGGAGGAGUCAAAAGCUGUCAUGGAGAAGGAGCUGAGAGAGAAGAUCAGUAAGCUGGAGAAGGAGCUGGAGAAUGCCAAUGAUUUACUGUCGGCUACAAAGCGCAAAGGAGCCAUCCUGUCCGAGGAGGAGCUGGCAGCCAUGUCUCCCACUGCUGCAGCAGUGGCCAAAGUGGUCAAGCCUGGCAUGAAGUUAACUGAGCUGUACAAUGCCUAUGUAGAAACUCAGGAUCAGUUGCAUAUGGAAAAGCUGGAGAAUAAGAGACUCAAUAAAUAUUUGGAUGAAAUAGUGCAGGAAGUAGAAGCCAAAGCCCCAAUCUUAAAACGUCAGCGUGAAGAAUUUGAGCAUUCCCAAAAAGCUGUUGCAAGUUUGUCUGCAAAGCUUGAACAAGCUAUGAAGGAGAUCCGUCGCCUGCAGGACAGCGCGGACCAAGCCAACAAAUACGCCUCCUUCUUUGAGAGGGAGAGCCAGAGACUGGAAGCGCAAGUGAAGGAUCUCUCCCAGCAGAUCUGUGUGCUGUUAAUGGAACUGGAAGAAGCCAGAGGCAACCACGUGAUCCGUGAUGAAGCAGUGAGCUCUGCUGACAUCAGCAGCUCUUCUGAAGUGAUCACUCAACACCUGGUCUCCUACAGAAAUAUCCAAGAGCUUCAGCAGCAGAAUCAGCGUCUCCUGGUGGCUCUUCGGGAGCUGGGGGAGGCAAGAGAAAAAGAGGAGCAAGAAACGACAUCAUCUAAGAUCUCAGAGCUCCAGAGCCAGCUGGAUGAGGCUCUCAGUGAGCUGCAGCAGCUGCGGGAGUCGCGGCAGCGCCAGCUGCAGCUCGUGGAGUCCAUCGUCCGCCAGCGGGACAUGUACCGCAUCCUGCUCACCCAGACCACGGGGGCCAUCAUUCCUCUGCAAGCUUCAGGUACGUUACCAGAGGAGAUCUGUCUUACAUCUACUCCAAAGCGCCCGAAUUUACCUCAGUCCAUGGCGACUCCUGCUCCAGUGUCCAUGAGUGAGUCCGUGGAGACUGUGGAGGCCAAGGCUGCUCUUAAGCAGUUGCAGGAAGUUUUUGAGAACUAUAAAAAAGAAAAGGCAGAGAACGACAAGCUGCUGAAUGAACAGAAUGAAAAGCUUCAGCAGCAGGUCACAGACUUGAGGUCACAAAAUGCCAAGAUAUCCACACAGCUGGAAUUUGCCUCCAAACGGUACGAGAUGCUGCAGGACAAUGUGGAAGCCUAUCGCCGGGAAAUCACCUCCCUGCACGAGAGAACCCAGAAGCUCACAGCAACCACUCAGAAGCAGGAGCAGAUCAUUAACACCAUGACUCAGGACCUGAGGGGAGCAAACGAAAAACUGGCAGUGGCUGAGGUGAGAGUAGAAAACUUGAAAAAAGAGAAGGAUAUCCUGAAGAUGUCAGACAUGCGUCUGACACAGCAACGUGACUCUCUGCUGGUUGAACAAAGAGGACAGAACUUGCUGCUCACAAAUUUGAGAACAAUUCAGGGAAUACUGGAGCGAUCUGAGACAGAAACAAAGCAGAGACUCAAUAAUCAGAUAGAAAAGCUGGAGCGUGAGAUAUCUCAGCUGGAGAAGAAACUGGAAAGUGAGGUGGAACAAAGGCAUUCCCUUACCAAGAAUCAAGAGGUUCAUAUCCUGGACCUGAAGAGGCAGCUGGAGACGGAGACCAACCGUCACAUCAACACAAAGGAGCUCCUGAAGAACACCCAGAAGGAAAACGCCAUGCUGAAACAGCAGCUGAACAACACUGAGGCCCAGCUCACAUCCCAGUCCUCACAGAGGCCUCCAGGGAAGGGUCAGCCUGGUACAAAUGAAGAUGUGGAUGACCUUGUAAGUCGGCUGAGACAAGCUGAGGAACAAGUCAAUGACCUGAGAGAGAGGCUCAAGACUAGUUCCAGUAAUGUGGAGCAGUACAGGGCCAUGGUUCUUAGCCUGGAAGAAUCCCUCAAUAAGGAAAAAGAAGUGACAGAGGAAGUUCGUACAACAGUUGAAGCUCGUCUGAAGGAGUCUUCGGAAUAUCAGGCACAGCUGGAAAAGAAGCUGAUGGAGUCAGAAAAAGAGAAACAAGAACUGCAGGAGGAGAAGCGUAAAGCUGUGGAGAACAUGGAACAACAGCUUUCAGAACUGAAGAAGAGUCUGUCAGCUGUGCAGUCAGAAGUUCAGGAAGCUCUUCAGAGAGCCAGCACAGCUCUGAAUAAUGAACAACAGGCCAGGAGGGACUGCCAGGAACAGGCAAUGAUGGCUUCUGAAGCUCAGAACAAAUAUGAGCGGGAAUUGAUGCUUCAUGCUGCUGAUGUGGAGGCACUACAGGCCAUCAAAGAACAAGUCGCCAAGAACGCAGCGGUGAGGCAGCAGCUGGAGGAGGCUGCUCGGAAAGUGGAGUCUGAGCUCUUGGAAUCCAAAGCCUCCUGGGAAGAGAGAGAGAGAAUGAUCAAGGAUGAGGCUUCAAAACUUGCAUCCCGCUGUGAGGAUCUGGAAAAACAAAAUCGAUUAUUACAUGAGCAGCUGGAGAGCAUGAGCAAUAAGAUGGUGACUUCCAUGAAAGAAGCCAUCCCAACUGCAGCAAAUGUUUCUCUUAGUGAGGAAGGCAAAUCCCAGGAACAAAUCUUGGAGAUUCUUAGGUUUAUCCGUCGGGAGAAGGAGAUUGCUGAGACGAGGUUCGAGGUGGCGCAGGUGGAGAGCCUGCGGUACCGCCAGAGAGUGGAGCACCUGGAGAGGGAGCUCCAGGAGCUGCAGGACAGCCUCAAUGCUGAGAGGGAGAAGGUGCAGGUAACAGCAAAAACUAUUGCACAGCAUGAAGAAUUGAUGAAGAAAACUGAGACCAUGAACAUACUCAUAGAAACCAACAAGAUGUUAAGGGAGGAGAAGGAGAGGCUGGAGCAAGAGCUACAGCAGAUACAAGCAAAGGUACGCAAGCUCGAGGCAGACAUCCUGCCCCUGCAAGAGUCGAAUGCUGAGCUCAGUGAGAAGAGUGGGAUGCUGCAGGCAGAGAAAAAGCUCUUGGAAGAGGAUGUUAAACGCUGGAAAGCCCGGACUCAGCACUUACUGAGCCAGCAGAAGGACACCGAUCUCGAAGAGUAUCGAAAGCUGCUCUCCGAGAAGGAGGCAAAUGCCAAGCGUGUCCAACAGAUGAGUGAAGAAACAGGCAGGCUUAAAGCAGAAGUUGCCAGAACUAAUGCAUCUUUGACUACAAGCCAGAAUCUUGUCCAGAGCCUGAAGGAUGAAGUAACUAAAAUAAGAACAGAAAAGGACACUUUGCAGAAAGAACUGGAUGCUAAAGUGGCCGACAUACAGGAGAAAGUGAAAACUAUAACACAGGUCAAGAAAAUCGGUCGCAGGUACAAGACUCAGUAUGAGGAGCUGAAAGCACAGCAUGAUAAGAUGGUUGCUGAAGCAUCAACUCAGCCUUUGGCAGAACAACAAGAAGACCAAGUUUCUGCCCAGGAAGUACAAGAGCUAAAAGACACUCUCGGUCAAGCUGAAGUGAAGACAAAGAAUUUGGAGACUCAGGUUGAAAGCUUACAAAAGACAGUAACAGAAAAGGAAACUGAAGUUAGAAAUCUCCAGGAGCAGAUAAUGCAGCUACAGGCAGAACUGGCCCGUUUCCAUCAAGAUCUACAAGAGAAGACUACUCAAGAAGAGCAGCUCAGGCAACAGAUCACCGAGAAGGAAGAGAAAACUAGGAAGACCUUGCUUGCAGCCAAGCAGAAAAUUGCACAGUUAGCUGGUACUAAGGAACAGCUCACAAAGGAAAAUGAGGAGUGGAAGCAGAAGAGCAGCUCCUUGGAGGAGCAGAAGACGGAGCUGGAGGUGCGGAUGAGCGCCCUGAAGUCCCAGUACGAGGGGCGGAUCUGCCGCCUGGAGAGGGAGCUCCGGGAGCAGCAGGAGCGGCACCACGAGCAGCGGGACGAGCCCCCGGAGUCCACAAACAAGGUCCCGGAACAGCAGAGGCAAAUCUCACUCAAGUCUACUCCAGCUUCAGGUGAAAGAGGAAUUGCCAGCACUUCAGAUCCCCCAACAGCAAACAUUAAACCAACUCCUGUUGUGUCAACUCCCAGUAAAGUGACUGCUGCUGCCAUAGCUGGGAAUAAGUCUACUCCAAGGGCCAGCAUCCGUCCAAUGGUGACUCCUGCCACAGUCACCAAUCCCACCACUACCCCCACAGCCACAGUUAUGCCAACAACACAGGUGGAGACUCAGGAAGCCAUGCAGUCGGAGGGACCCGUGGAGCACGUCCCAGUGUUCGGGAGCGCCAGCGGCUCCGUGCGCUCCACCAGCCCCAACGUGCAGACUUCCCUGGCCCAGCCCAUCCUGACUGUGCAGCAGCAGACACAGGCCACUGCAUUUGUGCAGCCCACCCAGCAAAGCCACGCUCAGAUGGAGCCUGCAGCUCAGGAGCCAGCCGCUGCCAUCCUGGAGGUGGUGCAGAGCUCCCAGAUAGAGAGGCCCUCCACCUCCACAGCCGUGUUUGGCACAGUUUCAGCUACCCCCAGUUCCUCGCUGUCUAAACGCUCCCGAGAGGAAGAGGAGGACAACACCGUGGAGAACUCGGACCAGAUCUCUGAGGAAACAGUGGAUGCACCUCCUUCAAAGAAACUGAGAAUCAUGCAGAGAGUUGGACCUGAGGAGGAAGUGACAGCAGAAGAGAGCACUGAUGGAGAGGUGGAGGCACAAACAUACAAUCAAGACUCACAAGACUCCAUUGGAGAAGGUGUGACCCAGGGGGAGUACGCUGCCAUGGAGGACAGCGAGGAGACUUCCCAGUCUAUCCCAAUAGAUCUUGGAUCCCUUCAGUCAGACCAACAAAACACCACUUCAUCUCAGGAUGGCCAGUCCAAGAGAGAUGAUGUCAUUGUAAUUGACAGUGACGAUGAAGAUGAUGAUGAAGAAAACGAAGGGGAGCAGGAAGAUUAUGACGAUGAGGAAGAGGAGGAUGAGGAUGAUGAUGAAGACACGGGGAUGGGAGAUGAAGGUGACGACAGCAAUGAAGGAACUGGUAGUGCUGAUGGCAAUGAUGGAUAUGAAGCAGACGAUGCUGAGGGUGCUGAUGGUACAGAUCCUGGAACAGAGACUGAGGAGAGCAUGGGAGGAGCUGAAAGCAACCAAAGGGCAGCAGAUUCCCAAAACAGUGGAGAAGGUAGCACAAGUGCUGCAGAGUCCACGUUUCCCCACGAGAGCCCGAGGGAGCAGCAGCCGUCAUCGGCAUCCGAGCGCCAGGGCCCGCGGCCCCCGCAGUCCCCAAGGAGGCCACCGCACCCUCUGCCCCCACGGCUCACCAUCCACGCCCCUCCCCAGGAGCUGGGGCCCCCAGUGCAGAGAAUCCAGAUGACUCGAAGACAGUCGGUGGGGCGAGGACUUCAGCUGACCCCUGGGAUAGGUGGAAUGUCUCUUUUUUUCCAGCAGCAGCACUUCUUUGAUGAUGAGGACAGAACAGUUCCAAGCACACCAACUCUUGUAGUUCCACAUCGUACAGAUGGAUUUGCAGAAGCCAUUCAUUCCCCCCAGGUAGCUGGAGUUCCUCGGUUCAGAUUUGGGCCCCCUGAAGAUAUGCCACAAACCAGCUCCAGUCACUCUGAUCUUGGGCAGCUGGCAUCACAAGGAGGUUUAGGGAUGUAUGAAACCCCACUGUUCCUUGCCCACGAGGAGGAAUCGGGGGGUCGUAGUGUCCCCACAACACCAUUACAAGUAGCAGCACCAGUGACGGUGUUCACAGAGAGCGCCUCGGCCGACGCCUCGGAGCACGCGUCCCAGUCCGUGCCCAUGGUCACCACCUCCACUGGCAGCCUGUCCACCACCACCGAGCCCGGCGCCGGCGACGAUGCCGAUGAGGUCUUCGCAGAGGCGGAGUCUGAAGGCAUUACUUCAGAAGCAGGUCUAGAAAUCGAUAGCCAGCAAGAAGAAGAAUCUGUUCAAGCAUCUGAUGAGUCAGAUCUUCCUUCAACUAGUCAGGAUCCUCCUUCAAGUUCAUCUGCAGACACGAGCAGCACUCAGCCCAAGUCCCUUCGCCGUGUCCGGCUGCAGCCCCCGACGCUGAGGACAGGCGUGCGUGGCCGCCAGUUCAACAGGCAGAGGGGUGUAACUCAUGCCAUGGGAGGCAGAGGAGGCCUGAACAGAGGAAACAUUAGUUAAAUUAAUUGUAAAGUACUUCCAGCUGUGUAUACAAAGUGCCAGUUUGCCUGUGGUUGCUUAGUGUAAUGAAGUCAGAGCUUGAAGCAGCAUUUCAUACUUAGAGCUGUGUGCACACAUUUCAAUGUCUUUUAUUAAUAAAAUUAGAAAAAAUGUUGACAUUCAAA